AUGAGUCGGAAUCAUAAAGAUAAGCCAAACACACAAGAAGCAGGAUAAAAACUAAAAUAAGAAUAAUUACAGAAAGUUGAUUAAAUCCAAAGAGAGAUCCAACACUAUAUAUAUAAAGAUUUGGAAAAUACAUUGAUAAUGCUAGGAGAACUUGAACAAACCAUAGAAACCUUCAAAUACGCUGAGGAAGAGGGUAAAUCUUACCUACCUAUAGCUUGCAAUAAAGUGAUUCUGUAAGCGAAUUUAUCUUAUGGGAUUAAUUAUGAUUAAUAUAAUACAAAUAAAAAUACUCAUGCAAUGGUUUUUGAAGAAUGUAGCAAAGAUGCAAUUAAAAUUUUUGAAGAGGUUUUUGAAACAAAUGAAGAUGGAUAAAAAAAAGUUCAUGCACACCCAAUUAUUUCGGAAAUCUGUUAAUUUUAUAAGAAAAAGGAUUUUAAAAAUAACAAAGAAUUUUAAUAGCUACCUCUUUAAAAAGUAGAUAGGAAGGCUUAAUUCAAUGAAAAUUGUUUGGAUAAAGUGAUUGGGGGAAUUCGAGCGGUUGACUAACAAUUCAAUGACACUUAUGAAAAACCAUAUCCAAUACCUACUGCUGAAGAACUUAAGAAAAAAAUAUAGUAAAAACUUUAUAUUAAAGAUUAGGGAAAGGAAAAAAUUUUGUGAAGAAUAGUUGAUAAAGAACUUCAAAUUGAAGAACCCGAUUCAAUCUAAUUCAAAUUAAGAUGUAGGACAAUCUAAAGAAGAUAAUGAUGAUAAAGUUUAAAUAGAGGAAGACAAAUAGAUGGAAGAAUAAAAAACCGACAUACAAGCUUAAAAUAAUCAAGAUACUUUGGAAGGUAUUCAGUAGGGGAAGAAAGAUAACAUGGAAACUGAAAUAGGAGCAAAAGAUUAGGAAGAUACAAAUCUACCCAUACAGGACUUACAGAGAGAGAAUACUGCCCCAGGGGAAUCAAAUUUUGGAAAACUUGGUCCAAAACCCUAAGGAAUUUCUGGAGAUAUGGAUGUGGAAUAAGGACUAGAUGAUGAGAACGGACAUUAAAAAGCGCUAGAAGAAGAAAAUGUGGCUACAAAAUAGCACAAAUGA